GACAAUAUGCUACACUUGAUGCCUCCUUCGAUCCGGAAUGCUCAUGACAUCCCGAACGACAUUAUCUUCCAUAUCAGUGAAGACCUGUACGAUUCUCCGAACGGGAGAAUCGUACUGCUUCAGGAGAGUACGAAGAACAUAAAGUUCACUCAGGGUAGGACUUUCCAGUCCUACAUUAAUGAAUUUUGAGGAGUCGUAGGCCUCUCUUCAUCGAUGCUCAAGUUCAUGAUCGAUACGAACAAGAGAGUGCCUGAUCCUAGACAGAAGGUGAGGUCUUCGUGCGUACUAAUCGUCAAUCAUUCCAAUAAUUUUAAUAAGUUGCCUAAUAAGUCUCUCAAACCAGCAUUGAAGCAAUUGCUGAAUGAAGGAUCAUUCUCUGAUGUCAUCGUUCAUGUUAAUGGGGAAGAGCUGCCAGUCCAUAAGUGCAUCAUGUGCACACAAUCCAGAAUCUUUUCUAAUGUGCUAGCAACUCCUGAUAUUAAAAAGACCAAGAGUGAAAAUAAUAUCGGCCAGACUUCAGAAGAAGAGAGAAAACUAGUUCCUAUUCUAGACAAACAAUAUAGUUCUAGAAAAAGGCUGAUGGAUUUUGUACCUGAAUGAAUUCAUAUUGUGAGUGAAGAAUACGAUGACGAAAAGAUCCAUCUUAAAAUUAUCGGCCAUGAGAUUUAUAUGAUAAAACUUUUGUUAGAAUGGAUAUAUUCUGGAGAUAUCAUUCUUCCAACUACCAUGAAUGAAGUUAUUAAGUUAUCAGAGUUAUCAGAAAUUUUUAUGAUUGAUGAUCUGACGAAUAGAUGUCAAGAAGACAUUAUUAAUCAUGUGAAUGUUGACAAUGUAGUAGAAAUCCUAUGCAAUAAUUCAGUUCCUAAUGAAGACCACUCAAAUUAUUUGUUGUCACCAAUAAUCUUAAAGCAUUGUAAAUCAUUCUUCUUAAAAGAAUUCCAGGAGAUCCUUCUCCACGAUAAAGAUGUUGAGAUGAAAAUAUGCAAAAUUCCUGGCUUAGUGACUUCUCUCUUGACUCAUAAGACAGAGUCAAAAUCCAGCAGCAAGAAAGAGCGGAAAGUAACCUUCUCUCUCUCCCAAAAUGAAAUCCACUCAACCCCAAUGGUUGUCGACAGAUACAACGAUGGCUUAAGCAGUAUUAGCGGUAGUAGUUACGACAGGAGUAAUUUAACAAGGGACUAG